UGAGAAAUAUCUGUAGACUGCCUAAAAACUUCCAAGGCAGUCUACAGAUAUUUCUCACCUUUUUUCCUGGCUUCUCGAGGGUUCCUAAGAGGUAUGUUUUGUCAAUCAUUCGGAACUCUCCGAGGGUUCUUAUAGGAAAAGCUGAUCUAGGAACGCGUUUUUCAUCAUUUUAAAUGGUAACGACCGAGAACGCGUUCCGAGAACGUGAAAGCCGUUUUUUUAAGGAAACAAAGCGUUCCUUAAGGAUGAGAACGUGUUCUUGACCGUUCCAUUUCGGAACGGAUUCUACUUUUAUAAGCAAACGUUUUUUUUCUUAAAAAAAGUUUUCUACGAAAUUGGAACGCGUUCUUUGCCGUUCUUUUUGAUAAAUAUGUUUCACUGGGUACAGUUUCGACCUUUCUCAAGGGUCUGAAUCAUCAGGUAGUUUUUAGCACUGCAUAUAGUUUAAAACAAUAUUUUCUUUCGGUGUAUGAAGCUUAUUUAUGAUGGUCUGUCUGAGAUUGUUUGAGAGGUAGUUUGUAUUACCGUACACUGGAAACAAAAAAGGUUUUAUACGAAACUAAGAUGAUCCCCGAAAAUCGAAUAGUUAUGCACCACCAGAUCUAAUUACACAUCGUAGUGUUAUUUUUUACAAUAAAGUUUUAUUAGGUGUCGAAUCUGUACAAUCACAAGCAAAUAAUUCUCUCAGUGCAGCACUACAAAAUCAUCAUUCUGUUCAUGGUACUGAAUUUCAAUAUCAAGAAUAUAUUGUUUGUCAAUAUGGACAAGCUAUACCAUAUCUGAAAAUUACUUAUACAGCGCCUUGA